GCAGUGGACUUUUGGAACGAUUUCGGUUUUCCUGGCCUGGAUCAAUAUGUUGGGCAUACUAAGGCAAUUUGAGUGGAUCGGCAUAUAUGUAGUUCUGCUGCAUCGCAUAGUGACGAUUUUUACCAAGUUCUUCUUCGUGUUUUCACUCCUUAUUAUUGCAUUUGCAAUCUCAUUCCAUUGCCUCUUCCAAAAUCAGGAACAAUUCAGUACAUUUGGACUCUCCCUGGUGAAAACGACUUCUAUGAUGAUAGGCGAGAUCGAUUUUGGAGCCACAUUUUUUGAAGCAAAUGUGAAUUUUGAGAUGAUAAGCUUCGUAUUUUAUUACAUUUUUGUGUUGCUAAUGACAAUAGUCGUCAUUAAUCUACUGGUUGGUUUGGCUGUGGCAAAUAUACAGGAAUUUGAGAGGAAUGCCGGUCUUACUAACAGAAGAAUGCAGGUCAGUUAA